AUGGAAGCUGACUUUCAAAGUGAAUCACCAGGACACAGCACUACAAGCAAUGAAUGUUGUAUCCGAUUGGAUUCCCAAAAAACGAAAGAUGCAUAUUUGAAUAAAAACAACAAACUUUCGAACCAAACGUAUGCUGAACAGCAAGCUUGGGAGUUCUUGCAACAGCGUGAUGCAAUGAGAAAAUUUUUGAGAUUCAUGUUCAGAAGUACCAUCGAUACGAAGUAUUUCACUGAAGAUCAGGCCAUUAGAAUGCGAGACAUUUGGUGGAAAUCAGACAGAGAUGCACAAUCAAAUUUUACAAGAGGGCGCCCACUUUUCAAGAACCGAACAAUGACAGAAUUCGCAAAAACUCACAAAGAUUUUGGCACGAAAUUUGAGAAAUUGACUGACGAUUACUACUAUUAUCACUACUCUUUAGCAGAAAAGUUGAACUGGACUCUUGUGGCUGAAUACUGA